AGAUAUGCAUUAUCAUUACUACACAUUUAUCUACCCACGAUUAAACACAGAUCUGUUUCCUUGACUUUAAUAAAAAAAAAAAAAAUGUUGGAAAAAAGCGUGUUGCGUUUUUUAAACCCUUUUACGGUGGCGCGAGAAUAUUUCCGGAAGCCUGUCGAAGCGUUUUUAGUGAACCAAUAUUUGGGAUAUAAGAAAAAGACUGAUGAAAGUUUAACGAGUGUUAAAGAAUUGAUGUACAGGGUCGCUAUAGUGACGUUAUUUAUAACUGUUAUACUGUGGUUAUCAAUUUUUAUGUAUGUGGGCUUCUACAAUAUUUACAUGCCAAAUGUUACCCAUGUACGUCCGGUACAUUUUCAGUUCAAACCAUGUGAAGAUAAAGCGGGAAUAUGUUCAUAUCCGUAUGCGUACGUACAGCUGACGAAGGCUAGUAACAUCCUGAUGCAGAAGCAGCCAUACAGGAUCAAACUCGUUCUUGAAAUGCCAGAGUCCGAAGUCAAUAAAGAUUUAGGGAUGUUUAUGGUAUGCGUUCAGAUGCGCGCCAAGGGUGGAUAUUUGGUUUCCUCAUCGUGCCGGUCCGCAAUGAUCAGAUACAGAUCUCUCCUGCAUCGAAUAAUGAGGACUUUUGUCUUCUCGCCCCUGUACCUCGGAGGCAUGGACGAAGAGAAACAGCAGCUGAAGGUGGAACUCUUCAGUGAUUUUGAAGAUGACCCUGAAAAGCCAGCAACGGAUGCGUACGUAGAGUUGCAGUCGCGGUUCGCGCAGGUUUACUCCAGCGAGCUACAUGUACAAGCCCACUUCACAGGUUUACGGUACCUCAUGUUCAACUGGCCCAAGAUAUCUGCUGUAUUCGGUAUCUGCACCAACUUGUUCUUCGUAUCGCUUAUAUUUAUUUUGAGCUGGUACCAUCUGCAAGACGGUCUGCCCGAUUUUAUCAAAAGUAAAUUCCGUUCGGAGAUAAAGACUGAGCAAGAAGAUAAGGAAAUAUUCGGAAAAGUGAAGCUGGAACGAGAAGAUUCAUCGUCAUUAUUUGACGAGGACGCGCUUCUAAAAGAGUUUCAACAAAUAGAAUCGAAGGAGGAGAUAAAAAAGACUUAAAUGUGAUGUAAUAGUUAUAUAUAAUUGUUAUUGUUUUCAUUAUUAAUUGCGUUAUUAUAGCUAAUUAUCGUGUGUAUGGGAUCAAAAACUUAUACAAGCUUCAUUCAUAAAGAUUUUUCCUUGGAAAAUUAGCUUGAAUUCCCCAGAAUUUGAGUUUUAUGGACCUCUAGGCGUUAUGUUGGGGGUCGAAAAUCGAAAUAACCCGAACUUAUGCUUCUGUGAUUUUUUUAUAAGUGCCAUUUUGAAUAGACUU